AUGUUCCCAAGGUCCUGGAUUCCCGCGGUGACAGUGACGGCCCCCGCCGGGGCUCCCUCUGUGACCGGCACUGCGCUGCGAUCAACAACGUGCAGGGUGACCUGGGCGACCUGGGCUGCCACCUGCACCGUCCCCGUGUCCCUCCAGGUAGGCUGGCUGUGGGAUGGGCUGGAUCUGGGGCCCUGGGGGGUCCCACAGCCGCUGUGACCCCGUGUGUCACCCACAGCCAUGUCCACCCCGCCCUGCUGCCAGCAGCACUCGGAGGAGGUGUGUGAGAGCUGCGUGGUGAAAACCACCCUGACGGCCGAGAACGCCGUGGAGGCCAACAAGCUCUCCAAUAACUACAAGUUUGGCUUCAAGAAAUGGAAGAGCCACGUGACAGCACGGCCCUGGGAGGACCGAUCAGAGAUUGUCAAGGAGCUCUACUCUGACCUCAAUGUCAUCCGAGGCUCUGGAGGCUCCACGCUGACAUGUGGCAAUGUCCUUUACCUGCUGCUCUUCGGCUGGUGGCUCUCGCUCCUCUACAUCCUCGUGGCUGCCGUGAUGUUCGUCACCAUCAUGGGGGCUCCUUACGGGUGGCUCUGCUGGGACCUGGCCAGGUAUUUCCUUUGGCCCUUUGGCAAAGUGAUCCAGAAACCCCACGCUGCCCCCACUGACAUCACCCUGGAGCCCCCAGCGUGGUGGGGAAGGUGCCCAUGGGCACCUGCCCUGCCCUGGGCUCCGUGUUCUGGGGCUCAGUCCCUGAAGGUGAUCUCCUGUUAACAGCACCAUGCCAGCACCGCAGUGUGGCUGUGCCUGGGCUACCCGGUGCUGGCGCUGGCCCACGGGCUCGUGUGUGUCACCGCGUGGCUCCUCAUCAUCCUCAUCCCCGUGGCCAAGCUGAGUGCCCGCGCCACCUCCCGUGUCCUGCUGCUGCCCCCGGAGCGGGUGCUCAUCCGCCGCCUGAGGAUGGUGGAGGUGCCUCUGGAGGGAGAGGUGAUUCUCUGCUGCUACCGUGCUGCCAACCCCUACUACUACAAAUACGCCGUGGAUGGCAUCAACGUCUUUGCUGUCAACCUGCUCCCAGUGGUGCUGGUGACGCUGGUGCUGGGCUACGUGGACAGCCCCAACCACCUGACGGGCUCUGCCGUCAAGUUCACCUUGGCCCUGCUGUCCAUCAUGCCCCUCUCCUACUACAUCGGCAUGGCCAUCGCCAGCAUCUCAGCCCAGAGUAACUUUGCAGUGGGGGCGGUGGUGAACGCCACGUUCGGCUCCAUCACCGAGCUCACCUUCUACAUCACGGCGCUCAUCAAGGGCUCGCGCGAGGGCAACCGCUGCUACGCCGAGGUGGUCAAGUCAGCGCUGACAGGGACACUGGUGGGCUGUGUCCUCUUUGUGCCGGGUCUGUGCAUGGUGAUCGGGGGUAUCCGGCACCAGGAGCAGCGGUUCAACAGCCGCUCUGCCGGCGUCAGCUCGGCCCUGCUCUUCCUCUCUGUGGGAGGUGUCUUUGCCCCAACGCUGUUCUCCAAGGUGUACGGGAAGCUGGUGUGUGGCGAGUGCCACAACGUCACCCAGAACCCGCUGGGCCACUACCUCUGCCACAACUGUCACUUUGACCUGAUGGACAACAACGGCACCCUGUACUACAGCCACGUCCAGCCCCUGGUGUACACAGUGUCCAUCCUGCUCCCCGCUGCUUACCUCAUCGGGCUCUUCUUCACCCUCAAAACCCACACGCACAUCUACGACAUCCACAUCAGCGACUGUCACAUGCCUGGCCACCACCACAGUGCCGUGGUCCACUGGUCCCGCUGGCGGGCCCUGGUCAUCCUGCUGCUCUCCACCCUCUGCAUGUCGGCCUGUGCUGACCUGGCCACGGAGCACAUCAGCCCCAUCCUCACCAACUCCACCAUCUCACAGUAUUUCAUCGGUGUCACCGUGCUGGCAAUGGUGCCUGAGCUGCCAGAGAUUGUCAAUGGCAUCCAGUUUGCCCUGCAGAACAACCUGAGCUUGAGCAUCGAGAUUGGGAACUGCAUCGCGGUGCAGGUGUGCAUGCUCCAGAUCCCCAUCCUCGUGCUCUUCACCAUCUUCUACCCAACCAACUUCACGCUGGUCUUCAGCGACCUCCACGUCUAUGCCAGCAUGUUCAGCGUGGUGCUCAUGAACUACAUCUUCAUGGAUGGCAAAUGUGACUAUUUCCAAGGCACGGUGCUGGUGAUGGUUUACUUCAUCCUCCUGGCCGUGUAUUUCUUCGCCCCCUCGCCCAGCGGCUGCUGAGGUUUGGAUUCUCCUUUCUCCGACCCCUUCGUUGGGAUCAGCAC